CGGGUUGGCCACUUGACCGGCGACAUAACGGUAGCGGUUUUGGCAGUCGGCUAAUUUACGCGAAUUCGACACGCCCGCGCUCAAGCUGACAGCUGUACUUAGGUGCCAGCCUUGACGAUAAGGUCACAGAUCACCGUCCUGGAUCCGACAAAUCCUCAUUCUAUUCAGUACCGUCAGUUCGAGAAAAAGCUCCAAGAGAUCAUGUCAGACAGUAUGCUUCCCCCGACUUUUACUUGGGAGGAAGGUGAGUGGGACGCACGAGUCGUUCAACUGUUGAAGGAGGCCAGCGAUAAGCCUUUCGUGCUGCACUCAUGGGAGGAUGUGAAGCUUAUCAUCGCUGAGAACCGCAUCGGCGAUCUGCGCCGUCUCCCUGGAGAUCUGGUCAAGUACCUCCGCUGGAAGAAGACUCUACCUCCUUUGGGCUACACCGACAUCGAAAAGUAUAUCGUUGCUGAGCGACUGAAGUGGGACAACCCACCUGUCCCCAAAUCCGAUAAAGUUUUCGAGUACCCCGAAGACUGGAAGAUUCUGCCAAAUGACUUUCCCUACGGAGUUGAGCCUGGGAUCGUACACCUGGUCGUAUGGACCAAACAGCGAAUUGAUGAGGCUUCUGGGAGGGGAGACGACCUUUCUCCAGAGGGACGAGCGGCUGUGAAUGAGUUCUGUGCAGAGACAUUCCCUGACAUGCCUGCAGAGAGACUGAUGUGGUUCAAGAAUUGGGGUCCGUUGAGAAGUGUCGCGGGUGUUGAGCACUUCCACGUCCUGCUGAGAGACCCUCCACCAGGUUUGGUACACAGGCUCACAGGCGAGGAAGCGAAGGACCCCGGGUACACCAUGAACUAACGAAGUGUGUGUGAUGAUUUAUGGGCGAUAUACGAUAGAUAUACCAUGUCAGAGAGCGAAAGGGACAAUA